AUGAGGCUAUCACACGAUGACUACACAGUAGGAUGGAUAUGCGCACUGCCGUUAGAGAUGGCGGCUGCAACUGCCAUGCUCGAUGAAAUUCAUGAAGACUUACCAGUUCAGCCGAAUGACACAAAUGCUUAUACUCUGGGAAGGGUUGGGAACCACAAUGUGGUGCUUGCCUGCUUGCCCAGCGGUCAGCAUGGGACUACGUCUGCUACGGCUGUCGCCAUUCAGUUAUUAUCGAGCUUCUGCUCCGUUCGGUUUGGGCUCAUGGUGGGGAUUGGAGGGGGAAUACCAAGCUCAGACGCCGACAUUCGACUGGGCGAUAUUGUUGUUAGCCAACCCUGCGGAACGCAUGGUGGCGUUGUACAAUAUGACUUUGGGAAAGCACUACAUGGUGGCCAAUUCCAACGGAUGGGAACGUUGAAUCGUCCGCCGCAAGUGCUUCUAACCGCGCUCGCCAGGCUACAGGCGAAGCAUCGACUAAACGGAAGUAAAGUGUCGCCUUAUAUUCGCGACAUGAUAGCGAAGUAUCCACAGAUGCAACAGGAGUAUCUUCCGGUUCACUUGUUCGAUGAACUGUACGCAGUGGGACAUCAUGGAGUAAUUACACGAGCAGCGAGGAUGAUCAACGGACCAGCAAUACAUUAUGGGUUGAUAGCUUCGGGAAACCAGGUCAUCAAAGAUGGCCUCAUGAGGGACCGAUUGAGACAAGAUUUUGGUGCCUACUGUGUUGAGAUGGAAGCUGCUGGGCUGAUGAACCAUUACCCGUGCAUAUUAAUCAGAGGAAUAUCAGAUUAUGCAGAUUCGCAUAAAAACAAUACAUGGCAAGGGUAUGCGGCAGCAGCAGCGGCCGCUUACGCAAAGGAACUUCUCGAAGUUGUUCCAGUAAGUCAGGUUGCUCAAACAAAAAAGGCACAGAACGUGCUCUCAACAUGGGAUCAGAGAUUUCGCGUUUCAUUUGAUCUCAGUAAAUUUCCUGCAAUUGAUAACUAUGUGGGACGUACAGAUAUCUUACAUCGGCUGGCAAUUGAAUUGAGUCCAAGUAAAUCCCCACUUCGCAAGGUGACAGUGCUACACGGAUUAGGAGGCAUCGGAAAGAGCCAAUUAGCAAUACGAUUUGCGCGUAUCAACCAGCAUUCCUUCACAGCAAUUUUCAUCCUCAAUGCAAAGGAUAAAGUGACAUUAACCAAGUCUUUAGCAUCCAUAUCAACUCAAAUUCCAGGAGAAAGCGCUUCGUGUGGUAUCUCCUCUGAGGGUGACCUGGAGAAGCGAGUGCAAAGAGUGAAGCAGUGGUUAUCGAUUCCUGAGAAUUCAGAAUGGCUUCUCAUUUUUGAUAAUGUCGAUCGGCACUGGGAAAUUGACGGGGAAACAGGAAACGGCAUCAGAGAGUUCUUCCCGUCAGCAGAUCAUGGCUCGAUAAUCAUUACUACCCGCUUAUUAUCCCUUGGUGAACUUGGAGUAUCGCUUCCUGUAGAUUUAUCCCGUCUAGUUCAGCGACUAGACGGGUUGCCAUUAGCAAUAGUCAUAGCGGGUGCCUUCAUCAAACGUACUGGCUUGGGCUUUUCUAAAUAUCUAGAUCUUUAUGAGAGAUCCUGGUGGGAUCUUCAUCGGAGCUUCAGAUCCUUGCGUCAUUAUGCACACGAAGGCAUCCUUCUUGCAUGGUCUAUCUCCUAUGAUGAGAUCUUUAAGAGGAGUCCAUUGGCUGCAGAGCUGCUUAUUUUUCUUGCUUUCUUUGACAAUAAAUAUAUAUGGUUCGAGCUCAUCAAAAACGCCGCUUACUACUCUGAUGCACCGAGAUGGCUCCAUCAAGUUGUUGAAAAUGAACUACAAUUUGCACAAGUCAUAGAAAUCCUGGUUGAAUUCUCUCUGAUAGAAACAAAUAACGGACAAGGGGUUUAUUCCAUGCAUCCUGUCGUCCAGGACUGGUGUCGUCACACUCUUCGCCAAGUUGACAGAGAUCGAGAAAUCUUGUAUCAAAAUAUGGUACUGGUGUCAAUCUCUUCUUUAGUUAUGUCACCGGGUAACUUCGUUCAGUCACGUUUACAGCGAAGACUGUUUCCUCAUGCAGUUGCAAUCCUCCAACGAAGGGAACAUCGAUGGAAAAUCAAUGAUAGCACAGAGCUUCCUAAAGCACUGCAUAGGGUGGGCAAUCUUCUCUCAAAUCAUGGCCGACUUAAUCAGGCAAAUAAUUUAUACAGAGAAGCUCUCACGGAAUACGAGGAGCUUCUGGGUACUACCCACUCCUCCAUUACCGUAGUGCAUGAUCUUGCGGAUCUGUAUCUUCGUAUGGGUCGAUUAGAAGAAGCCUACCAUAUGUAUCAGCGGGCGCUCAUCCAACGCGAGAGCAUCCUAGGUCCUAAUCACCUUACCACCUUGGCGACAGUCAAUAGCAUGGGAAAUCUUCUAUGUUGGCAAGGAAAGCUUGAUCUGGCACAGGCAAUGUAUCAGCGUGCCUUGACUGGUCGAAGGAAACAGUUGGGCCCUGACCACAUUUCCACACUGGUCGUGAUCAACAAUAUUGGAAAUAUUUAUUCCCAUCAAGGGAAUAACAAGGCUGCCGAGGCGAUGUAUGAGCAUGUCAUCAUUGGCCGCGAGAAGACCCUCGGUCCGGAUCAUACGUGUACUCUGGCGGCGGUCAAUAACCUAGGCAACCUGUGCCUACACCAAGGUCUGAACGAUAGGGCAGAAGAGCUGUAUGAGCGAGCACUUCGAGGCCGCGAAUACAUCCUAGGUAAUCACCAUAUCCUCACGCUGGCUACACUCAACAAUAUCGGGAAUUUGUACUCACGUCAGAAACGAUUUGAGGAGGCAGAGAGGAUGUACCAGAAGGCCUUAAUAGGGCGCAAACGAAUCUUGGGCGAUAACCAUGCAUCCACUCUGUCAACUAUCAACAAUAUUGGGAAUCUAUUCUGCGACCUGAACAGGUGGGCCGAGGCCGAGAGCAUGUAUCGGCAGGCUUUGUCGGGUCGCAUCAAUGUUCUGGGUCAGAAUCAUCCAUAUACUUUGGCCACAUUACAAAAUCUGAGAAACUUGUACACCCAUUUGAGGAGGUUUGAAAGGCUAGAAAGUUUAUAUCAGCAAUAUUCUUGGACGCAUGACAAAUCAACGAGGGUGGGAAUUUGCAGGGGUUUCUGGUCCUUGCGCAAUGUAGCAAUUUCUAUGAAAUCACUGCGUUCACUGAGAAAUGCACGAAAACACCUCAGAGGCUUUUAG